GUUGAGUGACUGAAGUCGAUCAUUGUGAGGGAGAGAGAGCAGGCUGGUUUUCAGUGAGAGAGUGCACAGUCCCUCCCGGACACUGGCCAAGGGAGGGGUGCUCCCUCUCCCUCUCCCUCUCUCUCUGUGUUUUAGGGAACAGUACGAGCCCAGCAAGAGGCGCCUCCAAUGUGAGCAGACCAAAGCCAGGCGUUUUGCAAACUUGUUAGGCAUCUUUGCAUCUCCCCGUCCCUCCCUCCUUCCCCAGCUCCUUGCUGCUUCAUCAAGGGGUUCGGGACCAGGUGGAACCCGAGAUGGCGAUGCUGUUGGACGGUGGAGCCCAGUUUCCGAGCCUGGGCGUCGGUGGUUUCGCUGGCCCGCGGCACCAUGAGCUUCCCAGCCGGGAGCCGGCCCUGGGCCUCAGCCCGUUCUGCGACGCGUCUCAUCCCGGAGGUUUCAAGCUGAGCCCGGCGGCCCCGGAGCUGUCCGCCAGCCAGGCGUCCGCUUUCAGCCCGCAGGGAGCUGGCUACGCGGCCGCUCUGGCUCCGCACUCCGCUCCGGUCGGAGCCUACCCCGGGACAUCCUACAACCCCAGCCGGGAGUUCCUGUUCCGCAGCCGGAGCGUGGGGGUCGCCGAUUGCCCUUCCACAAGUGCUCAGCAAGGCAUCUUCCCGUCUCCGGGAGGGGGUCUCCACGGCCCCCCGGGGGUCAGUGACAGUCCGGGAGCCCUCCUGUUUCCAGCACUACACGACCAGGCGGCCACUCAGCCCUCUGCCAAUGGGCAUGUGGUGAACGGACAAAUGCGGCUGGGCUUUCACGGAGAUCUCUUCGGCAGAGGGGACCCUUACCGAGCGGUAGCCAGCCCCCGCACCGAACCGUACCCCCCGAGCCACCUCCACAACUACAGCCCCAUGAAUGUAAGCGGCCACCACCAUCACCAUCACCAUCCCGGAGCCGGCGCUUUCUUCCGCUACAUGAGGCAACCCAUUAAGCAGGAACUGCCCUGCAAGUGGAUCGAGGAAGUUCAGAUUCAUCGCAGCAAGAAGGUUUGCGAGCGGACUUUCGGCAGCAUGCAUGAACUGGUCACUCACAUCACCAUCGAGCACGUUGGGGGACCUGAGCAAAGUAACCACAUUUGUUACUGGGAGCAGUGCCCUCGCGGGGGCAAAUCCUUCAAAGCGAAAUACAAGCUCAUUAACCACAUCCGAGUGCACACGGGCGAGAAACCCUUCCCCUGCCCCUUCCCAGGAUGUGCGAAAAUCUUCGCCCGUUCGGAAAACCUCAAGAUUCACAAACGGACCCACACAGGCGAGAAGCCGUUUAAGUGUGAGUUUGACGGUUGCGACAGGAGGUUCGCCAACAGCAGCGACCGUAAGAAACACAUGCACGUCCAUACCUCCGACAAACCGUACACCUGUAGGAUGUGUGACAAAUCCUACACUCACCCCAGCUCCCUCCGCAAACAUAUCAAGGUACAUGAACCCCAGGGUUCAGACAGCUCUCCCGCUCCGAGUUCCGGUUAUGAAUCUUCCACUCCUCCCAGCCUGCUGUCUUCAAACAGCGAGGAGCCGAGUAAAAACCCGGGUCCGGCCGCACACAGCAGCACCAACCCAAACCCGCCGCUGCCGCCCAAUUUUAACGAGUGGUAUGUUUGAGAAGUUAACGGGAAGCGUGUUCCCAGCUCGGAGCCGGCAGCUCGGACCUGUUGAAAACUUUACCGGGAAGUUUUUUUUCAUAAAGAAGCGAAAAUUUGUGAUUUCUGACCGGACGGCUGGCGCUGACCGAAGCUCCGGGAGAUAAUGGCCAACGGGGUUUUACGAAAAAAGGGGCGAGUUGUGGUAUUUGACUCGAGCCUUGACCCAGACUGACUGCCCAGUUCCCUCAGGAUCCGGAUCGGACUGUGGCCGCAUUAGAGAGGUGAUUAUUGUUUGUUUUUGGGGCCGUUGCCGUUUCGGGUUUUCGGCAGUUUUUGUUUUGUUUUUUAUGGGAGUGGGGGAUACAGAGAGAGAGAGAGAGAGAACCUCGCUCAGAUCAUAUGUUUGGAUCAUGGCACCGAGAAGGUGUUUGUCAGAUUCCCACAGUCUUACAAAGUGCCAAAGUUCUGUCAUGUCUUGAACUUUUUAAACAAAAAAAAUUGUGAAUGUAUCUCCUGUUCGAUUGGGUCAAAUCUGUUGUCGUUUUAGUGCUGGAUGUGGUGAUCCUGUCACUGGGAUUUUGACGGUUAAAUAUAAACGUUGCCUUUUUAAGUAUUUUCCUGUAAAUGUACAUAUUCAUAAUGUCAUAUUUAUCACAUUGUAAUUUAAUUAUCGGUAUUUACGUGCCGCGCUGAAACAAUAUUUAUGAAGAAUCGUUUUCUAACAAAACCUAUGUACAGUUUUUUUUGGAGGCGCAAAGGGUUAUAACCAUGUUAACAUUAAACAACUCUGAUUUACAA